UGCGGGGCGCGCAGGCAGAGGGAGUGGCGAGCGGCCGCCGGCGAGGCGGGAAGGCGGGGAUAACGGGGGCGCGGGCAUAAAUGCGCAGUAGCUGCUGCGGGAGCAGAGGAGGGCGGCGGAGAGGAGGAUCCCCGCGGCGAUCGCGGGGCACAAACCUGGAGAGCGGCCGGGAAGAGAGGGCGGCGAAGCCAUGCGCGCGGUGUCCACGUCCGCGCCCAAUGCGUCCUGGUGGGCGCCGUCCAACGCCUCGGACGACCAGGCCCCUGCGCCGCGGCCAGUGGACGCCUGGCUGGUGCCGUUGUUCUUCGCCGCGCUGAUGCUGCUCGGCCUGGCCGGGAACUCACUGGUCAUCUUCGUCGUCUGCCGCCACAAGCAGAUGCGGACGGUCACCAACUUUUACAUAGCCAACCUGGCGGCCACAGACGUGACCUUCCUGCUGUGCUGCGUGCCCUUCACGGCUCUGCUCUACCCGCUGCCUGCCUGGGUGCUGGGAGACUUCAUGUGCAAGUUCGUGAACUACAUUCAGCAGGUCUCGGUGCAGGCCACCUGUGCCACCCUGACUGCCAUGAGCGUGGACCGCUGGUACGUGACGGUGUUUCCGCUGCGCGCCCUGCACCGCCGCACGCCCCGCCUGGCGCUGGCCGUCAGCCUCAGCAUCUGGGUGGGCUCGGCGGCCGUGUCGGCGCCGGUUCUGGUCCUACACCGUCUCACGUCGGGGCCGCGCACCUACUGCAGCGAGGCCUUUCCCAGCCGCGCCCUGGAGCGCGCGUUCGCCCUCUACAACCUGCUGGCACUCUACCUGCUGCCGCUGGUCGCCACCUGUGUCUGCUACGGGGCCAUGCUGCGCCACUUGGGCCGCGCUGCCGUGCGCCCCGGGCCCGCCGACAGCGCCCGGCAGGGGCAGCUGCUGGCCGAGCGAGCGGGCGCGGUGCGGGCCAGAGUCUCGCGGCUGGUGGCGGCAGUGGUGUUUCUCUUUGCUGCCUGCUGGGGCCCCAUUCAGCUGUUCCUGGUGCUGCAGGCGCUGGGCCCGGCGGGCGCCUGGCAUCCGCGCAGCUACGCCGCUUACGCGCUCAAGAUCUGGGCGCACUGCAUGUCCUACAGUAACUCCGCACUGAACCCGCUGCUCUACGCGUUCCUGGGCUCGAAUUUCCGUCAGGCCUUCCGCCGCGUCUGUCCGUGCGCUCCCGGGGAACCCCGCCGCCUGCCCGGCUGUGCCGGACCCUCGGGCCUCGCCGCCUCCCACGCGGAGCUGCUCCGCCUGGCAGCCCGCCCAGUCCCGACCAGGACGCCCAGACUCGGGAGCAGUGGCGCUGGGGCGCGCAGGCUGUGUGUCCCGAGGGAACUCGCCUGCCCUCUCUGAGCAGAGUCUGGGAGGUCCAGAAGGGCCCCUCUGGCACAGGAGCUGCUUGGGCAGCCACUGCUGUUAUUGUGGCUGAUUUUUUUCUUUUGUCCAAGAUAAUCAUAGUGAAAAUGUUUUUUCCUCUUGCAAUGUCUGGUACAAAUUUGCUUUGAUGUCCACUGCUACUGACAUUGUAAUGAUUAUUUCUGUAUUUCCCCAAAUUGAAGAUGCUUUGAGGCUGGCACUCUGGAACUUUGUGGAAAGCAGCAAUAAAAGUUUUCACAUAGGGCCUCGUGAUGGACUGUAGCAUUGUUAAGAUUCAUCCCAUUUUCAGAGAUAAUUAACCUGUGAACACAGUGUGCAUCUUAAAAUUGGUGAAAUAAGGUUUAUGCUCGCCACUGGCUAAGUGCCCAGAGUCCUGGCUGGAAAGAUCGUGGAUGUCACAGAAUAGGUGCGUCCUCUGUAGAGCCACAAAGCUGUCCUCAGCAGAAGCAAGCCUCCUGCAACGUAAGGAGUCACAAGAGAUACAUAUGUGGUCAUUCCUGUGACUAAAUACGUAUU